AGACGCGGUCACGGCGCGAAGCAAUAGUGCGCAUCUCGUUUUCAGUGAAUAUAUCGCAACGGUCGACGCGUUUCCAACAAAGAGAUCAUGGCGGCGGUGGGCAUGUUUCACAGUUGAAGCCUUGCUCCCAGUCAAUGAGUCAGACCGAGUCGGAGAAGGCACGGGAGUGGGUCAUGCGAAUGUACUGAAACACCAGUGCAACUUUUAAAAUUUUAGGUUUUCUAAAUGACCAUGGAGGCAGGAACAGAUGUCCAGCAGGGUGGCGACACUGCUGUCUCUGAGACGGACACCCAGCAGAUUGCCACCUUGGCACAGGUUUCCAUGGCGGCGGGGCAGGCUUCAGCCAGUGGCCCCACCGUGACCCUGGUUCAGCUGCCCAACGGUCAGACGGUGCAGGUUCAUGGGGUCAUCCAGGCAGCGCAGCCCUCAGUCAUCCAAUCCCCGCAGGUCCAAACGGUACAGAUCUCCACCAUUGCAGAGAGUGAGGAUUCCCAGGAGUCUGUGGACAGUGUGACAGACUCCCAGAAACGCAGGGAGAUUCUCUCCAGGCGUCCCUCUUACAGAAAGAUCCUGAAUGACCUAUCGUCGGACGCCCCGGCGGUGCCACGGAUAGAGGAGGAGAAAUCCGAGGAGGAUGCAGCCCCGGCCAUAACCACGGUCACCGUGCCAACACCCAUCUACCAGACAAGCAGUGGACAGUACAUUGCCAUCACACAGGGCGGCGCCAUCCAGCUGGCCAAUAACGGAACAGACGGCGUGCAGGGCCUCCAGACACUCACCAUGACCAACGCGGCCAGCACCCAGCCAGGCACCACCAUCCUGCAGUACGCCCAGACCAGCGACGGGCAGCAGAUCCUGGUGCCCAGCAACCAGGUGGUGGUGCAGGCCACGUCUGGUGACGUGCAGGCCUACCAGAUCCGCACAGCUGCUGCCAGCACCAUCACCCCAGGAGUGGUGAUGGCCUCGUCGCCCGCCCUGUCCGGCCAGGGUACUGCCGAGGAGGCCACACGCAAGAGAGAGGUCCGCCUCAUGAAGAACAGGGAGGCAGCGCGGGAGUGCCGUCGAAAGAAGAAGGAGUAUGUGAAAUGUCUGGAGAACCGUGUGGCCGUGCUGGAGAACCAGAACAAAACCCUCAUUGAGGAGCUCAAAGCACUUAAGGACCUGUACUGUCACAAAUCUGAAUAACUCAUUCCCUUUCACUCACAUGGGUGCGUGCACACACACACACACACACACACACACACUCACGCGUGUCUGUAUCGGCUACAGAGAGACCCAUUUUUUCCUCCAGGUUCUAGAGAUAGAGACUCUUGCUUUCCGCAGAUACCUGGAGUGACAGUCGUCUCUUUUUCUAUCAAUCUUUUCUUUUAAAAAAAAAGAAAAACAUUACUGGUCUGUAAGAAGUGGAAAGAAUCUACAGUGAAUGAGUGACUAAUUAAUUUCCUUUGUUGUGUCUUGUAAAAAGAAGCAAUCAUUUUAAAAGAACGUGGGUCUGUCGUUUGACACACUUAGACCCCCCCCCCCCAUCUCAAGGCACCUCUUGGGAGCUGUCGUGUAGAAUGGAAUCACCACAUCUUCGUGGAUAUGGAGCAGAGCCGAUUUAAACGUCAUGCCCUUCUUUUUGGCCAUUUUUGAGAUUCCAUCCUUCUGCACUGUUUUGCAUGGACAUACUUGCUCUAAUCAUGCUGACCUAUGGGAGAUGUAGUACUUUCUAUGUCACUGAGGGACUGGCAGUUAAUGGGUUAAGAUCAACAUUUUAACAGCCCUACACUUGUUUUACUGCUUAUGUUACUAACACUUUUGUUAAGGUAAUCUACUGAUCAAUUCUGUUAUAAGUUGGUUUGGCAUUUAAUGUUAUGGACCUCUUGUCUUGUUUACUUUCUUUUCCAGCAGAAAUUUUGCUUUGGGGAGUUUUGCUUUUGUUACAAAAGAGAACAGGAUUUUUUCCCUUGAUCUGGACAAUAGUGAUAAAUUAUUUUGGAUGUACAGUCAGUGAGGUCUCUAAGAAGCUUUUCAGUAGCCAUUUGGAACUACAAUUAACCCUUUUUAAAACUUUACAUCAGUACUGACAUAAAAGUGGGACUGUCAUGCCAGUUCACCUAGGCCAGUUUUCAGGGGACAGUUGAUUAGUGUCCACAUGUUUCACAUGUAAUUUAAUAUGAGGGAAACAUACACUUCUUCUCCCCUGGUGUGGCUGCACAGUGGCAGUUUUGCUGAACUGAGGUCAGUUCAUUGGUUUCCUUUUUAAUGGCUGAGACUAAGCUGUGGAUGGGAAGGGGGGGAUGUCUUGGGUAGACCUGGAGUUCUUUUGCUGUAAUGAAACACCAUGUUAUACUUAUGUGUUCUGCCAUGACAUGUAGCCAUCUGUAUCAAUAUUAUAUGCAUCAUAGUUUUAAAUCUUUCUCCUUUUUUAUUUUCCCAUUUAUUUGUGUAUUUUUAAUAGAUGUGUGUCAUCUGUCAGUAAUACAGUGGAGAGAAAGGUGACCUGGAGCAGGUUUUCUUUUAACAACCAAUCGUGUGGCAGUUAUCACCAGACCGACUUGCUGACUGUGCGUGGUACGUUUUGGCACGUUAUGCGCUCCUGCGGACACUGCUCGCUCCUAUCUCUAAAGACACGUUUGUUCUGCCCGUCCUCGUUCUGCACAUCCUCAUCCUUGGGCGCGUGUGAUGGUGAGUGUUUUAAAUUCCUGGCCACGGUCAGGCUGUUGUCAGGUGGCAGUGCCAGCCGUCGCAUCUGUGCUCGCUCUGAUAUGCGGGCGGUCAGUGAGAGACGGUUUGAUCGAGCUUGAUGUAUAGCAAGAUGACUGAUGCCUCUCUCUUUUUUGGUUUUGUCAUUGUUCACAAACUGGUAAUGAACAAUAGCGCAGAGAUUUAAAUUGCAUUUCAUCA